GAGUUGUGGCGCGCGGUGCAGUCUAAAAGGGGCGCGGGUGAAUACGACUGUCAAUUGACCACACCCCACCCUUGACUGCACGAAGAAGAGAUGUCGCGACAAACGCAGGCACCCUCCAUACCCUCCGUCUUCCGGCCUGGCCAGAGCUCUGCGUCAUCGACGUCGCUCUUGUCCAGGGCAUCGUCCGCCUCGUCCGCCUCGUCCUCGGCCUCGUCGCUGCAUGCAGCUCCGCCGCUGACACUGUCGGAGCUGAGCGACAUUGCGACAAGUGGCUCCCACGCUUCGGCUCUUCUCAUUGACACUUCCAUUCCCAUCGAGCGGUACCUGGCAGGAGCUGAUGCGCUGGCCAGACAUGGUGCAACGCUCCUCCGGCGUCCAUCGCCGGGGGGUGAGAAUCUAAACGAGGCCUUUAUCAGCCUCGUCAAGGCUGUCCGGCUCGUCAUCGAUGUUCUGCCGCAGAAGCACCCAGGCUGGAAGAGAAUGGAAUCCGAGAAGAGACGGCUGGUCCUCAAGGACGGCGACAAGUACCUUGACGAGCUCCAAAAGUGCAAGGUGGCCAUCGUUGAGCGUGGAGAGCGGUGGGGCGUGACAAACAAAGAGGCAGAGGACAGGAAGACGGCGAAGAGGCCCGCCGUAGCGAAGCCGGCCCCGUCGACGUUCUCAAUGGAGCAGCCGUCGCUAAAUCAGCAGCAGCAGCAAAAGACGAACAGGAAGGAAGUGGAAAGAAGCGGGAGAGCGCUUCCCCAGCCCUCAAGAAGCUCGUCCACCUCGUCUUCCAGGGACGCUAGCGGUGUGGACUACGUCAAGCCAGACAGGAGCAGUGGCCUCGGAGGAGGACUCGAUGUCAGGGACAUUCUUGGCUAUGGCUCAGCGUCGAGACGAAAACCCAAUCCAGGGCCGGUCGAGACAGCAGCCUCGCACAGCAGCAACUUGAUGAGGUCGCCCUUCACCUCGAGCCCGCUGGAGCGGUUCCAAAAGUCGCACGGCCGGACAGGAUCUAAUGUCAGCAGCGUCAGCUAUCCAACACUGAGACCGGCCGCAAGCAUUCGCAUGGAUAAGCACCAGGUUGCGCAGGGUUUUGCACCGAGGAGCGAGCGAACCUCCAGAUACUUUCAAGUCCUGCCGGAUGCUGCGCCCGCGGCCACGACGAGGCUGCGUGAUUCAAUGUGGGGACGACCGGCGCCAGACAGAGCGCAGUCGAUCGCCAUGCCCGUCCCAAGUCCCGCUGUUCCACCCAGGCCAUUGCCGGGUCCCAAGCCAGGUCAGGGACCGGCAUUUCCUAUGCCUGCGAACUCCUCUGUGGAGUCACUGGCAACUUCGAUGGCAAAGACGUCGCUGCAGCAAGCCAGACCAGCAUCGACAGUCGUCGAAAGCGAUGCCCUUUCGCUUUUCAACGAGGAUAGGGGAUCUGGAAAGGACCACAGCACCGUCUCGUCGUCGUAUAUGCAAGGCCAAGCCGUAACGGAGGGCGGCGAGCCGCUUCGGACACUGGUCGUCCCUUCCAGCCUCAUCUCGCACUUUGUCGCGAUUGCCGAGCCAAAUACGAGGCUGAACCUCGAGACGUGUGGACUGCUCAUGGGAACCAUUGACGGCCAGCUGCUCCAGGUCACCAAUCUUCUGAUCCCGCAGCAGACGGCCACAUCGGAUUCGUGCGACACCGUCGACGAGGCCUCGAUCUGGUCCUUUCAGGAGUCGCACAACCUCACGACAUUUGGCUGGGCACACACCCACCCAAGCCAGUCGUGCUUCAUGAGCUCGCUCGACCUGCAUACCCACGCUUCCUACCAGGCCAUGCUGCCCGAGGCCAUUGCCAUCGUCUGCGCGCCAAACGACCGGCCCAGCUUUGGCGUCUUUCGGCUCACAUCGCCGUUUGGUCUCAAGACAAUCUUGACGUGCAAGCGGCCCGAGCUCUUCCAUCCGCAUAUUGACGAGCGGACCGGGGAAACCGUCAAGGCCAUCUACACCGAUGCCGUCGAAGGCCACAUUCUCUUAGCAGACUCGCCGCUGAAGAUUACCGAUCUGCGCAAGUGACCGUCUUUGUAAUCUACAGUCAUGAAUCCUACCAUUCGGCAGCACUGACUGUCUGUCCCUCUCGCCCCUCGGGUGCGUUAGCAUAGCCAAGAAAUUAUAGAUUUGUGGCAG